UACGAGCAUAAGUUAAUGGGAGAGAGAAAGAGGAGCCUUUGAAAAUAAGCUAUCGAGAGGCGUCGGGGAGUCUUCUGCGUCUUCCUUUCUCCUUUGCGGUCGACUUCGCGAUCGCUAGCGAGAGGAGGACGAGCAGCAGGAGGAGGCUAAUAGAGGAAAUGGGGUUGCUUUCGAACAUGAUCUCUAGGGAGGAGCUGAAGCCCGGCGAUCAUAUCUAUUCCUGGAGAAGUGCCUACAUCUAUGCUCAUCACGGAAUUUAUAUCGGAGAUGACACGGUCAUCCAUUUCACAAGAGCAGCAGGCCAAGAGGUUGGCACUGGAACUUUCCUGGACAAACUUUUCCUUAGCUCCUCACCUGUACCAACCGGAGCUAUAUGUGAGAGAUGUGGUGAUCAGAGCCAUCUUCAUGGAGUUAUCAAAUCAUGCAUUGAUUGCUUCCUUGGUGGCGGGAAGCUCUACAUCUUUGAGUAUGGUGUUUCACCAGCUUUCUUCGUCGCCAAAGCUCGAGGAGGAACAUGUACUUUAGCUGCUUCAGACCCAGCAGAGGAUGCCUUGCACCGAGCCAAGUCUCUUCUCGACCAAGGAUUUGGCGUCUACAGCCUCUUUAAAAAUAACUGUGAGGAUUUUGCCAUCUAUUGCAAGACUGGUCUCCUUAUUCAGACUCAUUACAGCAUAGGGCGAAGUGGCCAAAUGGCAUCAUGGACUGCAGUUGCUUCUACAGUAAUGUCUUCGCCUCUUCGCUUCUUGACGACCAGUGGGACUGGAUUGGUGUUUGUGGCAGGAGCUAUGUACUCGGUCAGUCGCUUUGUCGCUGAUAUAGGUGUUCGGCGUGAUGUCAUCAAGAUUCCGGUGGAGAGGCUCAUUAUAGAGGCUGGUGCUGAAGAACCUCAAAUAGUAUCAGGAUUGCUGACAACUUGAUGCAAGUGAAAUUUUACCUGUUUAAAAAAAUAUUUUCAAGAACAUGUACUUUGAUUCUCCUGCUACUUGUUUGAAACAAUUUGCAUGUCUGGUUUCUGCCAUUUCAGUUGUUAUGUUUAAGGUUUCGUUUGGAAUGACUUUUUUUAUUA